AUGCGUUUUAAUGGUCUUUGUGAUAUAUUAAAUAAAUCUCAAGCACAAAUAAUUGGUUUACAAGAAAUGACGAAAAAUAUUCUUCAACAACUUAUUGCACAACCAUUUGUUCAAGAACGAUACUAUGUAUCCGAUAUUGAUGGUCGUACAUUCAAUGAUUGGUAUGGUGUUAAUGAAAUAUUACGUAUUGGUACUGUUCAUUUAGAAUCUCUAGAUAAUAAACAACAACGAUUAUGUCAAUUAGAUAUUUGUCAAAAAGCAUUAACUUAUUCUUCAGGUAGUUAUAUUUUAAUGGGAGAUUUCAAUUUUUCUGCCGAUGAUCAAGAAAAUGUUGAUCAAUUUAAUAGAUUGCCACAAUGGAUUGAUGUUUGGACGUCCUUAAUGGAUUCUCAUAAUCAUGGUUUUACAUUUGAUACAGAAACGAAUUUAAUGAUAAAAUCUUAUUGUACAAAACCAGAACGAGCAAGAUAUGACCGAAUUAUUUUACAUAGUCAAACAAUAAUUCCUGUUCAAAUUAAUAUUUUAGGAGAUCAACCUGUUGCUAAUGAAGAACAAUUUCAAAUAUUUCCAUCAGAUCAUUUUGUCAGUUGGUAUGUGCCUAUUCCAUUUCAGUUUCUACCUGUUAAUCGUAUUGCGACCCGAAUAUUUAUUCAAAAUAAAACUAUGAUUUCAAAAUUAUGUUCAUUAUAUUGUGGUGAACAUGGUCAUUGUGUAGAAUAUAUAAAUAGAAAAUUUUUAUAUUUUUGUCAAUGUGAUGAAGGACAUUCUAGUGUUCAAUGUAAUAUUAAACAUAAUUGUUCAUGUUUAUUUGAUUCAUAUUGUCUUACACCAUCUAUUUGUGUUUGUUCAAUGAAUAAAUUUGGUUCAAAAUGUUAUUUAAAAAGUUCAGUUUGUCAAAUAUUCAAUAAUUCUUGUGAAAAUAAUGAACUUUGUAUAUCUAUUGAUGAUCGCAUGAGUUUAAAUAAAUUUACAUGUUUAUGUACGGAAAAUUUCUAUGAAACACAAUAUGAAAAAUCGAAUUGA